AUGCCGUCAGACAGAGCUGGAUAUACGCUCUCUGUUUACGCAAUAGACGUCUCACCGUCUAUGGGCGAGCUGAAAGCAGAUCCAGGUGGAGAGAAGAAAGUACCGAAACUGGACUUGGUCAAGGAGUUUGUAGCCAGAAGAUGUGAACCAAAGAUCUCAAGUGGAAGGAAGACAGAAGCAGUUGGUAUACUAAGCUACGGAGGAAAGACGAACAAUCAAGCCAAUCGAGCGUUCGUUGAGCAGAAUCCAGAAGACGAAGAUCCACCUUAUGCCAACGUGUCUUGCGAUGUAGCCAUCCAGACCGCCAAACCCAAGACCGUUGAGGUAGUGAUGAACCUAGAUGUAGGGGAAUACGAGGGGAAUCCUGUAUCCGCUCUGAUGGUGGCGCUAGAUAUGAUACAUACACAUAAGCAUACGAAGAGUUGGGCGUUAGAGGUUGUUCUGAUCACUGAUGGCGAAAGUGCUUUCCGACAGGAUGAGUAUGAAGAAGCUAUGGGGAGAUUUGACGAUUUGGGGGUCAGAUUAUCGGUAGUAGGUAUCGACUUUCAACCGCUGAGCGAGGCUGUGGACAAGUCGAAAUCGAGAAACAAGCGACUUUCCGAGAAAUUCUGGCGGACAUUCGUUUCCAUGCUUCAUGAGCGAAUAUCCAAGACCACAGAUUCGGAAGAAAUGUUACCCACUUUGGAGAUCUUCGACGACUCUUUGCAAGAAUCGAGAUUACCUAAAGCUGCUGUUGUGAAUGGUACGGUCUCAGGAAUAGAAUUGCACAUUGGUUCACCCGAAGUUGAUCCUGAACAAGCCAUAACUAUACCUAUCAAGUAUUCUAAAGCUACUAUGAAAGCUCGUCCACCUACUCUAUCGAAGGCCUGGAAACCCGCUAUGGAACUACAAGCGCCUACCAGACCAACAUUGGGCGAUCAGCGACAAAGCUCGAAUCAACUGAUGUCAAGCUUGAUCAAUCAAUCUCAAUCGUUAUCGCAAGGGGGUGAAAUACCAAAAAUGGAAGAUUUCGCUUCUAUGAUUUCGGCUGAAGUGAAACAUCAUAGUACCUAUGUGCUCAAGAAAGCAGAAAACAAUGCUCCUGCGUCAAGUCAAUUGGAUAUUCAAGGACUAGAUGGAGAAUAUCUGGAUGCUACUCAGCAAGCUACCCAGAACCAGGAUGAUGAUGCUGAAGAGGAAUUCGUAGAGAAAGAGGAUUUAGUCAAAGCUUGGAGAUUCGGUUCCACUUGGGUACCAAUGGAGGCUGAUACGUUCGAACCUAUGGAUACGAGGAAAGGCGUAGAGAUAUUAGGGUUCUUCCCGAAAGAUGCAAUCAAAAGGCAUCUUCUAAUGGGAGAAGUGCGAUUCGUUUGGCCGGACUUGACAUCACCCAAAGGUCAAAUACAAUUCUCGGCCUUGGUCGAAGGCAUGGAGUUACGAGGAAUGUGCGCGGUGGUCAGAUGGGUAUUGAAGGAUCAAGCUGAACCUGUCAUCGGUAUAUGCCUACCUGCCAUGGAUUUUCCCGGUGAAGGUAAAAGGCUGGACUUUAUGUACUGGGUCAAGCUACCCUUCGCCGAAGACGAACACAACUUCUGGUUCCCCUCUUUGACUACCUACAAAACUGCCACCGGAAAAGUAGUGAAAGAACACCCCCUCUUACCUACCGAUAAACAAUGUGAAUUAAUGGAUGACUUGGUCCAAUCUAUGGAUCUGGAUACAUAUGCCAAAGAAAAAGCUAAGCGAGAGAGGCAACAGAGUGGUCAUGAGGAUGAAACGAUGUCGGAGGAAGAGGAAGACGAAGGAGAAACACCUAGAUGGUUCGAACCUGAGAAAUCGUAUAAUCCCGUUAUACAUCGCAUCAAAGAAGCCAUCUUCCAUGCUUCUCUGACCGCGGACUUAGAUGCCAAUCCUCUAGGUCCCCCGCAUCCUGAAUUGACCAAGUAUUUCAGCACUCCUUCCGAGGUUGUGGAAAGAAGCGAAGACCUGACGAAGAGAUUGAAAAAUGCUUUGGACAUCAAGAAAGUACCUCUUCGAACCCGAAAGAAGGUCCAGAAAGAGGGACUGAGGGAAGAUGAGGGAUAUAUCGACAUUGAUGAACUGUUCGAUGAGACAACUGCCUCGAGCCAAAUAAAGGCUGAAUCGUCUUCACAAGGUACGAAGCACAAAGUCGAAAGACCGCCACCAAAGGAAGUGAAAGACGAACCUCGAUUUAUAGAAUCUGACGAAGAGGUCGAACCUCUGAAUAUCAAAUCCAAACCGAAGACAGGUAGAUUGAUAUCUAACGAGAACCCUUUGGAUGACUUCAAGAAAUUGAUAGAGGGUGAAGGUGAUGUCUUCCGCAAAGCUAUCAGAGAUCUCGGUGUGGUUGUAGAAGAGAAUAUCCAGAGUAGCUUCUCAUAUCAGAAUUAUCCUCUUGCACUGGAUUGUCUAAGGGAAAUGAGAAGUACAGCGUUAGUUUAUGAGGAGGUGGAAACGUAUAAUGAGAUUGUAGAGGAAUUGGAAGUGAAAGUGAAGAGAGGGAAACAUAAGAAUUUCUGGGAAAAAUUCGAAGAGGCUGGUGAAGAAGUAGCGAAGAUCAGCCCGGAAGAAGCUCAGAAAGCUUUAGAUGAGUACGAAUAA